AUGGGUACAGAUAUCACACCAGUGAUCGUGGGGGCUUUACAAUGUCAAAAAAACUCUUUUUUAAAAGAAUUCCAAACAAUCGUUAUCUCUUGUAAAGAAGAGAAACCAGAACCAUCAGCUAAAAACAAGAAAUCAAAAUCAAAAUCAGUUGAUCAAGAACCUCAGACUACCAAGUAUGCUGUUGAAUUGGAAGAUACAAUCUUAUUCCCAGAAGGUGGUGGUCAACCUUCAGAUAAAGGUACUAUUGUUACUUCAAACGAUAAAGAAUACGGUGUAUCUUAUAUUAGAAGAGAUCAACUACGUGCUGUUCAUUUGGUUGAUGAACCUAUUGAAGUUGGUACAAAAGUGAAUUUAAAAUUGGAUUGGAAAAGAAGAUUGGAUCAUAUGCAACAACAUACUGGUCAACAUUUGUUAUCUGCUGUUUUAGAUAAGUAUGAAUUACCUACAUUAUCAUGGAGUAUGGGUGAAUUAAUUAAUUAUAUCGAAUUACCAAGAAGUUUAACAGAUGAUGAAGUUGACAAAAUAAGUGAAGAAGUUAAUGACAAAAUUGCUGAAUCAAUUCCAAUAUCUGUGGAAAUACCUGAUAAGGAACUUGUUAAUAAACAAAAAAUGCCAGAUGAUUAUGAUUUAGAUAAAGGGAUCUUGCGUGUUAUUAAGAUUGGUGAAUUAGAUCAAAAUCCAUGUUGUGGUACUCAUUUAUCAUCAACUUCUCAAAUUUUAUCAAUUGCCUUAUUACAUCAAACUUCAGUUAGAGGAACAAAUUCGAGAUUACAUUUCUUAGCUGGUGAUCGAGUUCGUAAAUAUGCAAUUUAUUCACAUGGAUUAUUGAAAAAAUCUUCUCAAGAAUUAUCAUGUCAAUUUGAUGAAUUAAAUAAUAAAAUCCAACAAUUAAAUAUUAAUUACAAGAAAACUCUCAAGAACGAAUCUUCAUGGAAAGAAGAAAUUGCAAAUUAUCAAUCAAAUGAAAUCUUAACCAAAUUGGAAACCUCACAAAUUGCAUUCAUUCAUAGACCUGAUGUUGGAUUAGAUUACCUAACAUUCAUAUUCAAAUCAGUUUCUAAAUCAAUCCCAAAAGAUAAAACUGUGAUUUUAUUAUCUGGUGAAGGUCAAACAGGUGGUUCAUUAAUAAUUUUUGGUUCAAAUUUAGAUAAGAUUAAUGAAAUUACUAAAUCUUUACAAUCAAAGAUUAAAGGAUUAAAAGGUGGUGGGAAGGGUAAAUGGCAAGGUAAAAUAAAUUCAUUUGAAAAGGGGGAAUUAGAAGAUGCUUUAAAUUAUUUAAAAUCGUUAUAA